GUAUAUCAUAUUACUUUUAUGUUGAUGGUGCAGAUAUUAUCUUUCUAUGCCUGCAAUGAUCUUAGUGUUCGUAACGUGAGAAUCACUAAUAGCCCAGGAGCUCAUGGAACCAUAAAUGGUUGCAACCGUGCAAAAAUCUCCAAUUUAGAUGUUCAAUCUCCUUCACAUAGUCCCAACACCGAUGGAUUUGACAUUUCUUCUUCCAAGAAUAUCUUGAUAGAAGAUUCCACUAUUCGAACAGGUGAUGAUUGUAUUGCCAUCAAUGGUGGCUCCUCUUAUAUCUCUGUAUCUCGUUUUAGAGCUGUUAAAACGGGCGGCUCGGCCCUAACGGGCUUUAGGCUUUAUCGGGCUGGGACAAAAAGCCCGACCCGUUUUGACAGCUCUACUCGGGUUCGGGUUGCAUGUGGACCAGGCCAUGGGAUAAGUAUUGGGAGCCUUGGUAAAGGAAAUUCUUAUGAGACGGUUGAAGAAGUUAAUGUACCAAACUGCAGCUUCACUAAUACUACAAAUGGAGCAAGAAUCAAAACAUUUCCUGUGAGUAACUAA